AGGAAGUAGCGCCGGCCGCGAGCGGCGCGCGGGAGGGCGCGGGAGUGGCGGGAGCGCGGCGCGCGCGCGGGGCGUUCUGCGGCCCGCCGUGAGGGAGUGCUGCGGCCCGGGGAGCUGUGCGCGUCCGCCGGCGAGGGACCGCGGCCCGGCAGAUCAGGACCAGAUGAGCAGAGGGAGGUUUCUGUGAAGAUCAGAAUCGCCCCAGCCGUGCCCCGGGAAGUGGCCGCGCCUCCGGCUGUCACCGCUGCGGGCCUGGAAGACACGCAAGAGAAGGAAAAUGUCCCACGCUUUAAAGCAAGUGUUCAAUAAAGACAAAACCUUCCGGCCCAAGCGCAAGUUCGAGCCGGGCACGCAGCGCUUUGAGCUGCACAAGAAGGCCCAGGCCUCGCUCAACGCCGGCCUGGACUUGAAGGUGGCCGUGCAGCUGCCGCCGGGCGAGGAGCAGAACGACUGGGUGGCCGUGCACGUCGUGGACUUCUUCAACCGCAUCAACCUCAUCUACGGCACCAUCAGUGACUAUUGCACGGAGCAGUCCUGCCCCGUCAUGUCGGGGGGGCCCAAGUAUGAGUACCGGUGGCAGGACGAGCACAAGUACCGCAAACCCACGGCCCUGUCCGCGCCCCAGUACAUGAACCUGCUCAUGGACUGGAUCGAGGUGCAGAUCAACAAUGAGGACAUCUUCCCCACCAAUGUCGGUACUCCCUUUCCCAAGAACUUCCUCCCAGUGGUGAAGAAGAUUCUGUCCAGGCUCUUCCGGGUGUUUGUCCACGUCUACAUCCACCACUUCGACAGGAUCACCCAGAUGGGCUCGGAGGCCCACGUGAACACCUGCUACAAGCACUUUUACUACUUUGUGAAAGAGUUCAGUCUCAUAGACACCAAGGAGCUGGAGCCCCUGAAGGAAAUGACCUCCCGGAUGUGCCACUGAGCUCAGACCCCCCUGAUCCCGCCUCGACACCUCUUCCGAGGACUCCGAGCCCCAGCCCCAUAUUGGAGAUGUGAUUCAAGGGGAGAACAGAGACGUUUCGUUUAAGAAAUUAUAUAUUUUUAAUGAGUUUCAAUGUAAAACUGUGAUACUGCA